AUGUUGUCCCGAACAGCUUUCCGCGCUGCACGCGCUGCCGCUCCUCAGCGCACCAUUGCCCGCGCCGCCGUGCGAAACUACGCUGCUGCUGCCGCAACCCAGGAGGUCAAGGCCCCGGUCGCUGUCUACGGUCUUGAUGGCACAUAUGCCACUGCUCUGUACACUGCCGCUGUCAAGUCCUCUUCGCUCGACCCUACCGCUAAGGCCAUCAACGCCCUCGGCAGCCUUCUCGAGAAGGACCCCAAGCUCGUGACCAUCCUGAGCACUCCUACGCUGUCCCACUCCGACAAGAGCCAGAUCGUUGCGGAGCUGCAGAAGGCCCUCGGUCCCUCCGGCUCCAACGAGACCGUCAAGAACUUCCUCUCCACCCUGGCCGAGUACAACCGUCUGAGCAUCCUCAAGGGCGUCGCCGUGAAGUUCAGCGAGCUGAUGAGCGCAUCCCGCGGCGAGGUUGAGAUGAUCGUCACCAGCGCUACGCAACUGGACAACAAGACCCUGAACCGCCUCGAGUCCGCCGUCUCCAAGUCUGCCUACGUUGGCCAGGGCAAGAAGCUCAAGGUCACCAACACCGUGAACUCCGAUAUUGUUGGUGGACUUGUUGUUGAGAUUGGCGACCGUACCAUCGACCUCUCCGUUUCCUCCAAGAUCGCCAAGAUGAACAAGCUCCUUUCCGACACCCUGUAA